AUUUGACUUUGUUUUUCCCCAGGAACUCUUCCACAAAGGCGUCCAGAAGAUGACGGUUCCAUCACCCCUGUGGCCAGCUCCAGGUUCCCUCAAUGCCACCCUUGCUAGCGACCUGCCCAUCAACGUGACCAACAAGACCUUUUGCUCGACGGACUGGCCAGUGGUGAUCCCCAAUGAACUCUUUCUGACUUUGGGCGCCCUGAGUUUUCUGGAAAAUUUGCUGGUGGUGGCUGCCAUUGUCAAGAACCGGAACCUGCACUCCCCAAUGUACUACUUCAUCUGCUGCCUGGCUGUGUCCGACAUGCUGGUGAGCAUCAGCAAUGUGGUGGAGACCUUCUUCAUGCUCCUCAUCGACCACGGGGUGCUGGUGGUCAGGUCCUCCACCAUGCAGCAGAUGGACAAUGUCAUGGACAUGCUGAUCUGCAGCUCCUUGAUGUCCUCACUCUCUUUCCUCAGCAUCAUUGCCAUUGACCGCUACAUUACCAUCUUCUACGCCUUGCGCUAUCACAACAUCAUGACCUUCCAGCGGGCAAUGAUGAUCAUCGUGGCUGUCUGGCUGGUCAGCAGCGUCUCCAGCGCCAUCUUCAUUGCCUACGACAGCACGGCCGUCAUCCUCUGCCUGGUGGUCUUCUUCCUCUCCAUGGUCAUCCUCAUCAUGGCGCUCUACAUCCACAUGUUUGCCUUGGCACGCCAGCAUGCCCGGAGGAUCUCCAGCAUGCAGAGGAAACAGAGCUCCCCUCAGUUCACCAGCAUGAAGGGAGCUAUCACCCUCACCAUCUUGCUGGGUGUCUUCUUUGUCUGCUGGGGGCCCUUCUUCCUCCAUCUGAUCCUCAUCCUCACCUGCCCCACACACCCCACCUGCACCUGUUACUUCAGCUACUUCAGCCUCUACCUCAUCCUUGUCAUUUGCAACUCCGUGGUGGACCCCAUCAUUUAUGCCUUCCGGAGUCAGGAACUCAGGAGGACUUUGAAAGAGGUGGUAUUCUGCUUUUGGUGGCUGGCAUUUAUGCGGAAGCUCAAGGUUGCAUUUCAGCUGUCUGAAGCUGGCCAUAAAACCCGGCCCCGGCCCCGGACUCGCCUCCGCCGCCUCGCCCCACAGACGCGCCCCAGACCCUCAGCCAAAGCCCCAGCAGCAGCAGCAGAAGCAGCAGCCAUGAGGGAGAUCGUCCACAUCCAGGCGGGCCAGUGCGGCAACCAGAUCGGAGCCAAGUUCUGGGAGGUGAUCAGCGAUGAGCAUGGUAUAGAUCCCAGCGGGAACUACGUGGGUGACUCCGACUUGCAGCUGGAAAGGAUCAGCGUUUAUUACAACGAAGCCUCCUCUCACAAAUAUGUCCCUCGCGCAAUCUUGGUGGACCUGGAGCCUGGCACCAUGGACAGCGUCCGUUCCGGCGCUUUCGGACACCUCUUCAGACCGGACAACUUCAUUUUUGGGCAAAGCGGAGCUGGGAACAACUGGGCCAAGGGGCAUUAUACCGAAGGUGCCGAACUGGUGGAUUCCGUCCUGGAUGUAGUGAGGAAAGAAUGUGAGAAUUGCGACUGCUUGCAGGGCUUCCAGCUGACCCACUCCCUGGGCGGAGGUACAGGCUCCGGUAUGGGGACCCUCCUUAUUAGCAAAGUCCGUGAAGAAUAUCCAGACCGGAUCAUGAACACUUUCAGUGUGGUGCCCUCCCCCAAAGUGUCUGACACGGUGGUGGAGCCCUACAACGCCACCCUCUCCAUCCACCAGCUGGUGGAGAACACAGACGAGACCUACUGCAUCGACAACGAAGCCCUCUACGACAUCUGCUUCCGGACCCUCAAGCUGGCCACCCCUACCUACGGAGACCUCAACCACCUCGUCUCAGCCACCAUGAGCGGUGUCACUACUUCCCUGAGGUUCCCCGGACAGCUCAAUGCCGACCUGCGCAAGCUGGCUGUCAACAUGGUGCCCUUCCCUCGCCUCCACUUCUUCAUGCCUGGUUUUGCUCCAUUGACGGCUCGUGGGAGCCAGCAGUAUCGAGCCCUCACAGUGCCCGAGCUCACCCAGCAGAUGUUUGACGCCAAGAACAUGAUGGCGGCCUGCGACCCCCGCCACGGCCGCUACCUCACCGUGGCCACUGUCUUCAGGGGCCGCAUGUCCAUGAAGGAGGUGGACGAGCAGAUGCUGGCCAUCCAGAGCAAGAACAGCAGCUACUUUGUGGAGUGGAUCCCCAACAACGUCAAGGUGGCCGUCUGCGACAUCCCGCCCCGGGGGCUAAAGAUGUCCUCCACCUUCAUUGGCAACAGCACGGCCAUCCAGGAGCUCUUCAAACGCAUCUCUGAGCAGUUCACAGCAAUGUUCCGCCGCAAGGCCUUCCUCCACUGGUAUACCGGCGAAGGCAUGGAUGAGAUGGAGUUCACUGAGGCCGAGAGCAACAUGAACGACCUGGUCUCAGAGUACCAGCAGUACCAGGACGCCACGGCCGAGGAGGAAGGAGAGAUGUAUGAAGACGACGAAGAAGAAUCAGAAGCUCAGGGGGGCAAGUGAUGCACCAGGGCUGACCACAAUGGUGGGAGCUGUCCGGCUUCUCCCGGUGAGACCGGAGCACCGACGCAGCCCUGCGGCCCGUCGCCAUCUUCCAUCUUUGCUAUUCAUUUGCUGAGUUCUUAGGCAACCAGCUUCUAGUUGCUUCUGAUUCAUGGGUUCCAAAACUUCAAAGUUCAGUAUUUAAACCAUUGCCCCCCUCCUCCCAAAUCAUACAGUGGUGAGAAAAUAUUAGGAUCGUCACAUAUUUCCAGCUGAAGAUGUUAACCAGCUUUUAAUCUAGUUCCAUCGUCCUAGAUAAUGAACAAGAGAUUUAAAGAAACAUCACUCCCAACAUUUAUUUAUCUGUAAGUCAAUAUCUCUGUAUGAAAAAGUAUGUGAAGCUUUAGAUUCAAUGCCUGGUAGCAUCCCUGCAAGCAACCCUUACUCCAAGGAAAUGGAGGCGUCCUGUGGCUUCCUCACAUCAACGCCACCCUCCCACAACAUCUAGAUGGGCUUGAAGUUCAGAGUUUGAGUAAGUAAGUUUGAGUAAGUCUGAAACACUGAAUUUCUGUUUCCACAGAAAAUAGUAGGUCUGCUUUGUCCAUUUAAGGCCAUUGUCCUGUUGAAUGUCAUACUUUGGGGUCAGCUUCAGUUGGGGUGGCCAGACAUUGUCCUACAGAGUCUUCUGAUCUCCUCUAGCAUUCAUGGUUGUGUCUUGUGGUCUUGAACCUUCUCCAUCAGUGGGCUAUCUGUCUAAUACUAGAUGGGUAUAGCCCCAAAUCUUGAGAGAUGGUUCUGUCUGCAGUUCAACCCUUAUACAUAAUAAGUCCCUGGGCUGCUUCCAGAAAGAAAUCAUAGGAUCAUAGAGUUGGAAGCGACUGCAAGCGCCAUCCAAUCCAACCCCCUUCUGCCAUUCAAGAAAGACCACCCAUUCCUAGACUGAUGCGCAGCAACAACUGCUUUUUUGAGCUUCUCAGAGGUGUAGUUUACCUUGUUUCCACAUAGCAGUAUAAAGAAAACCCAACUCACAAAGCUUCUACUCUUCUUUGAGGCUGAAGCCAUCCAAACUCGCCCCUCCAGACCUGUCUGAUUCCUGAAGCGCCUAAUUCUAAUUCUUCUCUUUAGCUGAACUGAUGCAGCCAGGUGUUCGCUUGUUUUGGCACCCGACCUCGACUCUUACACACUCAUUGUGGCCUAGUUUCUGCAUUGUUUGAUUUCUCAGGAGAUGGAAUCAACUCAUAUAAACCCAACCGGACAUUUGGAAAAGGACUGGUUUUGAUUCAGUCGACACCUGCCCUGGCGAAACAAUGGAAUUGUGUUCAUUAUCACGAGGGUUGACCGUUCUUCUCUUCUUCUUGCCACUGUAUGAGUCAGCGCAUACGAUGACGACUUUGAUAACUUUUGAGGGCCCUGGUUUUCAUUUUUUACUGGUCUGUGUCUCUUUUUAUGUUUUGGAAUACUUAAUAAAUCUAUUGCUGUCCAGCA